AUGGGAAGAGGAAAGAUAGAGAUAAAGAGGAUAGAGAACGUAAACAACAGAGUGGUGACGUUCUCAAAGAGAAGGAAUGGGUUGGUGAAGAAGGCGAAAGAGAUCACAGUUCUCUGCGAUGCCAAAGUUGCUCUCAUAGUCUUUGGAAGUAAUGGUAAAAUGACUGAUUAUUGUUGUCCUUCCAUGGAUCUUGGUGCUAUGUUGGACCAAUACCAAAAGUUAUCUGGCAAGAAACUAUGGGAUGCUAAGCAUGAGAACCUCAGCAAUGAGAUUGAUAGGAUCAAAAAGGAGAAUGAUAGCUUACAACUGGAGCUCAGGCAUUUGAAAGGGGAAGAUAUACAGUCUCUCAACUUAAAAAACUUGAUGGCUGUAGAGCAUGCCGUUGAACAUGGCCUCGACCAAAUGGAGUUCCUUAUGUCAAAGAGGAGAAACGUGAGCAUAUAA